AUGAAGGCACAGAUUGAUCAGUUAAUCCUUGAAGUAAUGGAAAAAGAGAAAAUCCCCGCCCAGUCCCUCUCCAUUGUUAAGAAGGACGGAAGUCUGCUAUAUAACAGGGGGUACGGUGACCGAGACGUUGAGCACAACUUACCCGCCGGCCCAGAAACGUUAUUUGCGAUCGGUUCGGCUACAAAGUCUUUCACGGCGGUACUUGUAGCGAAAACGUUGCAUGAAAUGUACCCCGCGAUGGGGAAGAAUGUGCUAGACGUGCCAAUUAGGGAGUUGGCGCCGGGGUAUAAUUUUACCCUGGGGGACAGAUUCAGGUCGGAGAGGGUAACGUUCAAGGAUAUUUUGGCGCACCGGGUGUGCAUCAAACAGGAAGUAUCGGGCCUAGUUUCUCAAGCGUUUAAUGGGACGGAAGACAUGGUGAAUCGGUUUCGCUACUCGCCGGAAGAAUGUGGCUUCCGUUCUGAAUUUUCGUAUAAUAAUGGACUCAUCGGAAUGGCGGGGCAUAUUUUGGGGCAUAUUGCGAACACGACGUAUGCAGAUUUGCUGAGCGAAUUCGUUGGACAGCUUGGAAUGACGAGCACCACGGUUAUUAAGAUGAGCAACGAUCACGAAAAUAUGAUGCACCGUGCAAUUCCGUACAUUUGGAAAGGAGGGGAAUUUGUCCGGGGAAAUUCGGAAUUUUUAAAGUCCAUCGCACCCAUUCCGAGUGGCGGUGGAAUUUUAACCAACGCCAACGACAUGGCAAAAUAUAUGCUUUUUCACUUGAACAAGGGCAAGGUUGGAGAUGUCCAAGUCGUUCCUGACGAAGUCAUGGGUUGA